AUGUCGACCACGCUGGCGCAUCGACCGUCGCUGAGCGGUUCCGUUCGUGACAAACGCCGAUCGGUUUCGUCGUUCCCUGCUUCGAUCACGUCCUCAAGCGCCCAUUCUGAUGCCCACGGAAAAGUACGCUCGAAUACGUCCCACGAGAGAAGAUCGCCUGCCAGUUCACAGGUAUCUACGAGACCGCACUCCGUGUUAUCGUAUGGGAGCUUUGAGAAGGGGAAACGGCGGUACCGGUCGCAAUACCCGGCGGACUCGCCCGAACUCCAUGUCGAAUAUAUCCUCGUCGCUUCGUUCCACGUAGAUCGUGGGCCAAUUAUGGAGCAUCAGUAUCCUGCAGCAAUUAGUGGGGAUGAAAAUAUGUUGGCGGAGUUAAUGUUGCCGGACCAAACGCAUGUGCGAAGCCAAGACUGGACAAUGUUUUUUCUGCACCGAGACGCCGGCCCGGAGGAAGAUAAUGAAUCUAGAGCGGACUCUCAGGGCCAAGAAGAGAAAGAUCCGAAUGAGGCUAAUGAUGAUCAUGAUGAGGUACAACAGGAAGGGGCCAAACAAACUUCUUCCGAAGGUGGAGAGCAAGAUAAUAAUAAUAUGGAGAACAAUGGCGACGACGAAGAUGACGAAGAUGAUGAUGAUGAAGCAGAUGGUGGCAACGAUGGCCCGCCAUUGAUGUAUGUGCUGAAUUUGGUCAAUACAAAGCAAGAUAAUACUGUAAAACGGAGCGGUGGUCAAGGCCAUGGCGAUUUGCACCCGACAUUCUUUUCUUCACAUAUACAAGGCAAGUUUUUGAUCAAUGCUUGGAAGCUAGCAAUUCUAAUAUCAACACAGCCUUUGCUUCUACUUGCGUUAGAAGAUUACUUUAAAUCACCCUUUCCAGAAACCUUAGCAGCACUUUAUGACUCCUUGAAUGCCAUGGACCUUUCCCUAAUGCCACGACUUUCGUAUCUCGAACGGCACAUCCUACAAGCCACGGAUGUGAAAGACAUGUUUAUCGAGAAAUUCGAACGAAUGGUUAAACAGCGCUUAGCAGACGAACUGACGAUACACAAACUUCAAGGUGGCGACCAGGACUCCUUCUUGCCAAAGAAAUACCCCCUCCCCAGAGACACCCACGAAUUCGAAUCUAAAAUCAUAUACAACGACAUUGCUAUCCCCGUCAAAGUCCCCACAGCUCUCUCGCCGGAGACGGUUGGUGACUUCUCCUUAAUCAAGUUAAUACAGACCUUCUCGGGCCCGCAUGCGACAUCUCCCCAAGCGUUACCUCUUCAUCCUCACCUAACCACCAGCGGUCCCUUCACGCAUCCAAUCAUCGUCCUCGUCAACGCCUUACUUACGCAGAAACGCGUGAUAUUCCUGGGGCACAACCGUCCGUCCGGGGAGGUUGCCGAAGCGGUGUUAGCGGCGUGUGCCUUGGCGUCGGGGGGCAUCCUUCGCGGGUUUACCCGCCAUGCGUUCCCGUACACGGACCUGACUAAAAUCGACGAUCUGCUCAAGGUUCCUGGCUUCGUUGCCGGUGUCACCAACCCGGCGUUUGGCAACCACCACGAGUGGUGGGACCUGCUGUGCGAUCUGCCCAGCGGCCGGAUCAAAAUCAGCAGCCGCAUCGAGGCGGCGCCGGUCACGGAGGGCACGCAGUUCUUCCAGCAUCACGCGCCGCUCAGCGCGUCGUCGAUCCUGGGCGGCGGCAGCCACUCGUCCGCGGACCCCACGGGCGACAACCACUUCAUGGAGGACAUCAUGCGCAGCAUCGCGUCGCGCCACGGGGAGCGCGCGAUCCGCGCGAAGUGGAGAGCGUACAUCACCAAGUUCACGCGCAUCUCCGCGACGUUUGAAGAAAUCGUGUACGGCGCCAGCGCGCUGUCGGUGAUCUCGCCGGGCGAAGAGGCGGUAGAGGUGCACUCGCCGGUGCAGGCGGCGGAGGGGGCGGCGGACGCGGCAGCGGGCCUCCGCGGGCACGGCUACGUGUGGCCGGACGACCUGACGCGGCACCGCGAGCUGGCGGCGUGGGUGAACCGCAUCGAAGGGUGGCGCAACACGCGGUCGUACUACUACUUCAUCCAGGACACGGCGGCGCUGUACGCGGCCAGCAAGCCGGUGCGCAGCGUGGACGUGCACCACCACCACGACCGGCUGCGCGCGCUCAAGCUCAGUCCCGCCGAGUCGGGCGCCAUCUACCUGGCCUUCGCCAACGCCGUGCGCCACCACGCCGCCGUCUGCCAGCUGCUCGCCAUCACCCCCGAGAGCCAGGCCGGCCUGUUCUACAUCUCGCUCGGCCUCUUCCACCCGGACGCCGUCGUGCGCUCCGCCACCCUGGCGCUGCUGGAGCGCAUCGCCGAGCACGAGGCCGGCCGCCAUCUGUGGGCGCAGCUGAGCCGCUUCACCAAGGUUGCGUAUUUCCGCAUGCGGCGCGAGCGGAAUGGCGAGGUCGACGGCGGUGUGUUGCUGAGGUCGGCGACGUCGCCGCUGUCGGCGCUGUCGUCGAAUAGCCAUGAGGUCAAGGUGCGGAGGAGCUAG